AUGUAUCAAGACUCGACUCUCGGCAAUCGACUGUCUGGCGAUCGUCUCUCUGGCAUUCGACUCUCUGGCCUUCGACUCUCUGGUAUUCGACUCUCGGCAUUCGACUCUCGACAAUCGACGCUCGGCAAUCGACUCUCUGGCAUUCGACUCUCGGCAUUCGACUCGCGACAAUCGACGCUCGGCAUUCGACUCUCGGCGAUCAGCUCUCUGGCAUUCGACUCUCGGCAUUCGACUCUCGGCAAUCGACUCUCGGCAAUCGACUCUCGGCAAUCAGCUCCCAGCUUCAGUGUUCGGCUCCCAGCAUCUGAGUAUCCAGUAAGCAGCUCCUCCAGCAUUCGACAACAGCAGCAAAUGGCUGUUUUUUUGGGUGUUUCGAGAGUCAAUUCUUUCCCCUACCCCCACCCCUUCCCUUUCCUCUUCCCUUCCGUCUACUCUUCCAUCUUCCUUCCAUCCUUCCCUCCCUUCCUUCCCUUCCGUCUACCCUUCCAUCUUCCUUCCGUCCUUCCCUUCCCCCUUCCCCACUCACAGGCAAUCCACAACCGAUUGCUUGCACUUGACUCUCGAAACGUAGCGUACGUCAUGGUUCCCACUCGUUUGUACCAUGAUGGCUGGGUUUGUGGUUGA